AUGCCCAGCCGGAGCGCACUCAUGAGGGAAUUGGAUCGGGCUUCGCGACAGAGCGCGAAUAAAAUGAAGAAGCAGCCGAGCAUGUCGCAAAUGCAAAGGUCGGCCAAUGCUGAAUUCUACCACGACGGCUGUGGUCCCCUCUUCCCAGGCACGUUCAUUUCGCUCCCGCUGGCGAGACAUCCCAAGCCUCCCUACGAAUUCGCCCAGUACUCAUGGGCCCGCCUCAAGGCGUGGAUUGCUGGGACCACCUCCAUCCUAGGCUUCAAGCUCCAAUCCAUGCCCAGCUGGACGACAAGGCCGAGAUGGAAAGCCCGUCGGGGCCAGAUCGCCCCCACCGCCAAGGCCAUGUACCGCGAAAUGCUCGAGGCCUUUGCGGCCGGCGACAAGGCCGCCCUGCACAGCCUCUGCCUCGGGGACUUCGCCAAGAAGCUCUCGGCGGCGAUUGACCGUCGGGAUCCCAAGCACGGCGUGCGGUUCCAGCUGCUCAAGUACAACAGCAGGCUGCUCUAUCCGAGGCUCAUGUCGCAUCGGAUCUACCCGAUGAACCAGUUCGACAAGGACCUCUACACCGAGCAGGCCGUCGUGGCGAUUGCUUCCACGCAGCAGGCCUCGAGGUACGACACCGCCACGGGGGAAACCGUGCCGGGGAGCUUGAGGCUGCAGGACAAGAUGGAGUACGUGGUGCUGUCGAGACAGGCCAGCUCGAAAACGUAUGAAACCGGCUCGUGGAGGAUAUGGGGGACAACCUCGGCCACCACGCUCGAGACGCACCUGCAAGAAAUGGCCGUCGUGGAGAGGGAGCAAGCAAAACAGUCGGGCUGGGACGGGUCGUCCUCGAAAUAA